AAAAAAAUGACAUAAUUGUCAAUUCCAAAUGUUCUCUGUCCAUAGUCCACCAUCCAUACCAUAACAUAAAUAAAAAAAGAUACCUAUCCCAUUCCUUGUUGUUAAAAACAGCAUUCCAAAUUUACCAUUUGAACAAACACAGAACAAAAGCAAGCAGUAGUGUAGUAAGGUGUCAUGUGCCUAUAAAAGAUUAAUAGCCAAUUACAUGGAUUGUUUGUGUUCACUAGAGGCCAGGAGUAAAAUACAUAUUUGUUAUUCAAGAUUCAAGGUUUUCACUGCAGGCAGAAUUGAAAACUAAAUUAGCAAUAAAAAAGAAUAUAUGGCUUUCUAUAAGUCGAUGGUACUGAUUAGUCGCAUUCUUUAUCGAAUGAACAUCUAUUCAACAAAAAUAAUCAAUUGAAAAUAGGAUGCUAAGGUUGUCUUGAGUUGCAAACAGUUUUUUAAAAGAUGGUUCGGAAAAAAGAGUUUUAUGGUAUCGCUUUUAUCGCUUUGAUCUGUUUUCUUUUAAUAGCUUUUUGUCAAAAAGAUACCCCUGCCAUUCGUCACAGAUCCGUUUCAUUUCAAGCAAUAGAAUUGGACGAGUCAAUUCCAGAAGAAGAACACAUAUCCAUGGAAGAAAUUUUAAAUAUACAAAGAAAUAGACUGAAGCGAGACUUAUAUGGUUACAAACUUCCUUCGAAUCAUUCAUUAAUUGAUCUUACUUUAGAAGCUGGUGGAGAACCUAUCAGAACAGUUAUUUUAACUACUUGGAGAUCAGGCUCUACAUUUUUAGGUGAUAUUAUUAACUCUUUACCUGGAAAUUAUUAUCACUACGAACCGUUAUUAGAUUAUGGAAUUAUGCAGAUUAGAGGUCCCCCACAUUCCGAUUCUGCCAUUUCUGUAUUGAAAAGUUUGCUCAACUGUGAUUAUACAGAUUUGUAUAGAUAUUUAAAAUUUGGUAUGUCUCACGUUUAUUUGUUCACCCACAACAAGCGUUUAUGGAAUCAGUGCGAAGCCUUUCCAGAUUAUUGUUGGGAACCAGAUUUUUUAAAUGAGUUUUGUAAAUUGUUUCCUUUUCAAUCGAUGAAAACUGUUCGAUUAAGAUUGAAACUUGCAGAAGAGCUUUUGGAAGAUAAAUCACUUAACGUGAAAAUUAUCUUAUUGGUAAGAGACCCUAGAGGUACCUUACAAUCUCGAAGGCAUCGAGAUUGGUGUCCAGGAGUACCAGACUGUGAUCAACCAACUUAUCUAUGUUCGGACAUGGUGUCUGAUUAUAGUGCAGCUAUUCGAUUAAAGCAAUUAUACCCUUCUAGAUUUAGAGCCCUUCGCUAUGAAGACCUUUCACUUAAGCCAUAUCAAAUAACUGAGGACAUAUUCGAGUUUAUGGGCCUUAGUUUACAUCCUGAAGUCAAGGAUUUUCUGGACACACAUACCACAUCAAAUGUUGGGGGCGUUUCAAGCACGUUCCGAGACUCAAAAAAUACUCCGUUCCAUUGGAAAUCGGAUUUAAAUUACACGGAAAUUCAACUGAUUGAAGAAGCGUGCCACGAGGCCAUGAACCUGUGGGGGUAUGUUCGCACUGAAAGCUCAAAUUUAAAAGACUUUAUACCGAUAAAGUCGUAUGAAAUUCAAUAAUUGUUGCGCUGUAGACGAAUUUUAUUCACUAAAGAGCAAGUUUUUUUUUUUAACGGAAUAGAUGCUGUAGAAUUGUUUUCUGAUGAUAAGAUGUCAUUUUAGAUGAUCUUCAGGGCUCAUGAUGAUAUUUUUGUUGAUAUUUGUGUAAUAUUAUGAGGAUAAUAUUGUCGACAUCUUACUUCAAGAUAAAAAAAAGAUUUGCACUAAAUAUCUGCGAUAAAAAAAAAUAGUUAAUUGUUCCUAUUUUUAAUACUUUUCACAAAAACACAAUAGGCAAAUAAGGAAAAUAAUUAGGUAGGUAAUUGGUAAAUACUCUUAGUGCCGGUACUUUUGCUUUCAUUUGACAGCUGUUAAAAAUAAUCAGAGGUUUGAAUGUGCUCUAAUCACAUCAUACUUAUAGACCUUGGCCCGUGCAAUACUUUGACGACGUAUCAAAUUCGUUAAUCGAGAGCAAAAGUAUUGGCCCUUAUACAUUUAUUUCUUUUCCUUUGAUAUUUUACAUUGAUAUUAGUUUAUUUAGGAAUAAAUUCAGCAGAAUACUUAAAUGAAUUUUAAUUUUUACAAAAUUCAAUCAAUUUAAUAUCGAACACAUAUUAUUAUACAAUUUUAGGUUUUAACAAUAUUGUGUAAGUAAUGGAUAUUUUUCCCCUUUUAUUGUUAACAGAAAAUAGUCACUUUUGUCUUGUGCAACAAAAAUUCUUUUACCAUUUCAAUUUUCCCAGUGACUUGCUGAAAACUGAAAUUGAUUUCUGUCAAAUGCAGUGAAGUAAGGCAUUUGUAUAUUUCUGCAUAUUAAAAGUAUUAUUUUUGUCUGCAAGACAUAUCAUUCCCCUUUUUAUUUAGUCAAAACCAAAAGUAUUAAAUAAGAUUUUUUUCUAUGAUAUGUUAAAAAAUUAUAGUCCAUUCUAACCUAAUUAUUUGUUACAAAAGAAGUUUUUAUUUAUAGGCUAGGCUAGAGGGUUUUUAAAUGAUAUUUUGCUCAAAUUCACCAAUUUGACAAUAUACUUUUAAUUUUCUUAUAGAAAUCCUCUAUCUUGGGAUGGCGUAGUAUAUACCAGUGACUUUUUGAUUGCAUUUAAAAUAUAUUUUGUUUUCAACCAAUUUUGCCAUAACUUGCCUACAGCACUAAAUAAUAGUUCAUCCAUUUAGUUUUAAAUGGGAAAUCCAUUAAAUAACUUUUUAAUAGAGUAGUUUAUUUAUUGCUGUUUAUAUCAAAUACUUAGUUAUAUUAAUUUUAUAUAAUAUUUGAAAGGAUUAUUAAUUUAUUUAAUUUAUAUGUGAUGUGUUUCUAAGUAUUUUAUCUCUUUGACUGAUAUUAUGAUAUUUAAUUUUCAUUUAUCUUUGUUAACCCAAACUAAAAUGUUAUCUUUGAAAAUUUAUCAACAAUUUUUCCUACUUUGAAGCACUAAUUAGGUGUUGAAUGCUGUGCUGCCUUAAAAGAAUACCAAUUUGCCUCUGUAACUUUUGAAACAUUUUAUUUCAUGAAGUGUUUAAGUCAAAGAAGGCUCCAUUAUUGUUCGUUUCAAUUAAGAAAUUACUGUGAUAAGUUCCAAAAAAAGUUUAAUAUAAUUUUAGUAAUUUUUUGAUUUGGAUAUUUCAUGAUUUCUGCUCGCAGUUUUUGUUGUUCAACAGUUGCCUAAAAGGAAUAGCUAUGUAUUUAUGGCAAUAAUAAUUUAAAUAACAUUUGCUCCAAGUUUUUGAUAUCUUGCUUCGGGGCUCACAAUAUUACUUUUCUUGUUAUGUAUUUUUAUAUGUAAAAAUUUUAUUAACCAAAAAUGGUAUAACCAUUUUUUUUCUAAAUUUCUUCAAAUAUUUAUUUUUCCUUUUUCUUGAAGAGGUUAAUCAAAAUGUAUUCAAGACAUUUUCCUUUAAGGAUUUAGAAACAUCACCGCAUGUUUUGCCUUGCAAUGAGCUUUUUUGAUGAUUUACAAAAUCAAAAUUCUUGCAACAACGAAAGGCACUUGCUAAUUUGGAAAUAAACAACAAAUUGAGAUUAGUUUUUAAGGAGUUUUUAUGUAUUUCAAUAAAACUUGUUGACAAUUAA